AUGAUGAGUACAUCUAGAAUAAGAGAAACUGAGGAGAAGGAUGUCGCUAGGGCUGGUGUCGCCGAUUACAUCUCCGAGAAACUCGGUCCGGAAGUAGCUGAGUCGCAACGAGAUGAUACGAGAGAAGAUGGUACUACUAUUGAGUCAGGCGGAGAGUUCGAAGACGAGGCUGUCUAUAAUUUUGAUGAUCCCCACAAUUAUUCAACAAACUUUGUAGAUGAUCAGAAUCCGAAGGGUUUGAGAAAACCUACUAAGCAAGAAGCUUCUUCAUUGAGAAGAGUCUUGGGGAGAGCGGACUGGGCCUGUUAUUUACUUUGCAUAGCGGAGUUUGCGGAAAGAGCAUCUUAUUAUUCUUGCCAAACUCUUUUAAGUAAUUUUGUGACUUACAAAUUGCCCGAAGGUAGUACCACAGGUAAAUUAGUUCCUGGUGGCUUAAAUCCUGGUGCUUUGGGCUUAGGUGUGCCAGCCGCGACGGCUAUAACUUAUACUUUGACAUUUGUUGCAUAUGUCGUACCUCUAUAUGCUGGGUUUGUUGCUGAUUCCCAAGUUGGUAAGCUCAAGGCAAUAUGGAUUGGUGUGAUUUGUGGGUUUUUUGCUCAUAUUUUACUUAUAGUUGCUGCUGCUCCUAGUGUCAUUGCAGCAGGCCACGCAAUUGUCCCCACAGCUUUUGGCAUCAUAACGUUGGCUUUUGGUACUGCUUUCAUCAAGCCUAAUUUAUUACCGCUCUUAUUGGACCAGUACCACGAGCAGACGGAUGUGGUCAAGGUUUUAGCAUCUGGAGAAUCUGUCAUUGUUGACCGUCAAAAGUCGUUGGAAAGGAUGACCUUAGUAUUCUAUUGGUCGAUUAAUAUUGGUGCUCUUUUUCCUAUUCCAAGUGUUUAUAUAGAAAGAAGAAUUGGGUUUUGGUUUGCUUUUUUUAUUCCCAUCAUUAUAUAUCUCAUAAUUCCUUUUGUAUUCUGGUUUGUGAAACCCAAGCUUAAAAAGGAGCAACAGAAAGGAUCUGUUGUAGAGAACUCAACCAAAAUCUUGAUUGUUCUGCUUAGAGGCAACUGGAUAAAAAGGAUAAAGAACAAAACUUUCUGGGAUUAUGCAUCUCCUACCAAAAUGAGAGAGAGAGGCGAGGAAUAUUAUUCUCAAAAGAAAAAAAAGCCAAUCACUUGGAGCGACCAAUGGGUCUUAGAUGUCAAGCAAGUUGUUAAUAUUUGUAAGGUUUUUCUGUAUUUUGUCGUCUUCAAUCUUUGUGACGCUGGAGGUACUGGUGCAACUCCAGCUUUAACUGCGCAAUCAGGAUCUAUGACAAGCGAUGGAACUCCAAAUGAUAUGUACAGCAAUUUUAAUCCAAUUACGAUCAUCGCGCUUAUACCCUUAUUAGAUUAUGGUGUCUAUCCGCUAUUGCGUAAGUUGAAGAUCGAGUUCAGGCCCGCAUAUAAAAUCACUCUUGGUAUGAUCGUGGCAUCUCUUUCUCAGGCAGCUGCUGCAAUUAUCCAAAAGGAAAUCUACAAUACAAUUGAAUGUGGUGAUCAAGCCACGAGAUGUGUAGAUAGAGGAAUAGUUGCACCUAUUAAUGCUUGGGUUCUGGUAAUACCUUAUAUUUUAUCGGCUGUUAGUGAAUGUUUUGCCAACAUCACUGCCUAUGAAUUGGGCUAUACUAGGGCUCCUCCUCAUAUGAAAGGCCUUGUACAAGCUUUGUUCUUACUUACAAAUGGUAUAGCUGCAGCUAUAGGAGAUGCUAUUAGUCCAGCUUUGAAAGAUCCUCACUUGGUGUGGUAUUUCGCGGGUUUGGCAAUUUGUGGAGGAGUCUUUACUAUCAUUUUCUUUAUCCAUUUCAGAAAUUUGCAUAAGAACAUGGAGAAGGAAAGUGCAUUAAGAGAAUAUUUAAUGCGCAAAGAGAAGAAUGAAAUGUCACUUGAAGAUACUAACUUGGUACUGGUCAAUUCAAUCACAUCUGCCGCUGCUAAACAAUUAUAA